CUACACUAUUGGGAGAAGGUGCGCAUACCUCUUUUGAAGUUGCAAAGCAGAAAAUACCAUUCAACCCGAGAGCGACAAUCUUAUAUCUGGUCGACUCGGUCAUCGCCUCGUGCAUCGACAGCAAACAAGAUUGUCGGUGAAUACAAUGGCUACACGAGGAAGGAGUGCAACUCCAGGUCGCCGCUACGGGGAUAUUAUCGGAAGUAUUUUUAGUAAUUCUGGAGACGAGGACGACACGAAAGAUUCUUGCGGCUCAGAAGCGAAAAGAAGGUUUCGUGAGCGCCGACGCAAGAGUUCUCCGGGGACAUGUCUAAACAGAAAUUCUACUCCCGAACGACGACAAAAUCCAUCUCCGGUCCGACCACCCAGCGGCAGACCUCCUACGCCUGAUAGAAAUCGAUCUAGAACUCCUGAUUAUCGACAUGCUAGAUCCCAGUCACCGUCUCACGCUCAAAAUGGAAUAUUAUCUUCUCAGAUGGAUCCUUUUGAAAACAAAGGGAAGGGCAUAUCGAUAAGAGCACUCAGCAAAUCUCCGUCAAGGAGAAGAGUCUCGGAGCUCGAUACUAUAGGAACUAUUUCCUACGUCACCAAUCCAUACGAGACAAGGGAAGGAACCGAAGACAUAGAAAACUCUUUUUUCGAAUCAAGACAACAAAAAUCUGACCAAAUCAGUAGCAAAGAAAAUGAGACAGAGAAGAAAAACGUGUCGGCUUCGACAACGGAGCCGCUGGUGGUAACAAAAGAAGAAGAUACAAAAACAACCGUAUCAUUUUCAUCAAAUGAUAGUGCGCAAAUGAAAAAGAUCAUUCAAGCCCAAGACGAACAGCUUCAUUUUUACGAAUCUCGUUUGAGGGACCAAACCAAUCAUAUUGAACAAAUAAGAUUUGAGUUGCAACAAAGCAAGCAAAAUGAAAAGAAACUUCAGCUGGAGCUAGAAUUUCAUGAUCUAAGGUAUAGUAUGUAUGAUGAUUAUAGACGCAUGAUGGAUAGACGAAGACUGGACGGAAGAAAUGACGAUGAAGGAGAUGAUCUUGAUUGGGAUUCAGCAAGUUCCAACUCCUCGAAAAAUGGUGUUGCAAUGUCGAAGCUUGACCGCCUUGAGCGCCUUUACGAAAAGUCACAAGCCGAAGCUACAAGUCGCUAUUCCAGUCUAGAAGAAGAAUACAAUAGAUUAGUAUCAGAGAGUUCUCAAGCAACGAGAGAGAAAGCAAGUGACGUCUCAGAAUUUACACGCACAGAGUCCGUGGAGAAGUCGUCUUUGCUUGAAAAACGAAUCAAGAUUCUAGAAUCAGACAAUGCAAAAUAUUUGAACGAAAUCAAAAGAAAACAACGAGAACUUGACGAUGUACGGUUGCAUCAAGACAAUGCGAUUCCUUCCUCAGGAAAAGAAAAACAAAAUACUAUUCAAACUGAUAGGCUUGAGACACAAACGUUGAAGAAUAAGAUCACUGCUUUGGAAACAGAGAUCGGGUUCACCUCUGGCCAAAUUGACAACAGAACAAGGACCAGUAGAUAUCGAGCUCUAGAGAAAAAUCUCAAUGAAUACGUAGUUGAAAUAAUGGGGUUGGAAGAUAAGUUGAGGUCAAAAGAAAAGAUAAUUUCAAAACUGAAGAAAAGGGAACUUUCUCAGAAGGCUGAAUCUGAGUCGGGAACUUCUCUUAAAAAAUGGUACGAAAGGGUUGACAAGGGGGGGAAAACGCAAAUAGCGUSCACACAUUCUAUGCGCAGGGGAAAGAGAUCCUCUAGCGAUCGAUCGUACAAUCCAGAUUGUACAUCGGCGCAAACCAUUGAGCCUGCCAAGAACGAUAUAGCGAAGACAAGCGACGCUUCGAAGUCGUUAGUUGGGGAGAACAUCGAUGUAGUGUCGACUUACAUUAACACAAAUAUAGGGGGUAACAGGAGGAUGCGCAACAAGAAUGGGGCAUCCAGCAGCUCCGCGAGAAUAGCAAUGCUUCGAAAACGACUGGAUGCCCUUGCAACGGACCAUUCGAGCGUCUGUACGGACGAGACAUUCUAUACUGUCAAAACGACACCGUAUUUUUAACUCAUAAUCAAUAUUCAAUUUUUUAGAUGAAACAAUAUUUACACAACACAACGCAAAUAGAUUAAACACAUCUUU